UUGUCUGGAUCUGUCAAAAUCAAAAUUUUAGCAUUUUUGGUUUUGUGUUUGCCAGUGAAAUUCAGGAACUGAGAAACUUAAAAUACCGAUAUUUAACAAUUCUAGCAAUUAUAUCACAUCAUAACUGGUUAGGGUUGGUAUACCUGCGAAUUGCGAGACGUAACGUUUCCUAACCUAAAAAGUCUCCUUUGCCCAAACAAAUAUAAAAAUGGGCUCAAAGAAGAAGAAGCGUGCUUCCAGCAGUUCAAGUUCUUCAGAUUCAAGCAGCGAAAGUUCAGAUUCGUCCCCCGAAAGGCAAUCGAAACGUAAAAGUAAGAAAUCUGAACCGAAGCCCGAAACUGAAGAAUCACCAAGAAAAGUAAAAACAAAAUCAAAUUCGCAUAAAAAACACGAAAAUCCACCUGUAGCAAGUGAUGAAGAGGGUAAACAAAUGAAACGGAGUGAGAAGAAAGCAAUUAAUGAGGAUGAAAGUGACGCCAAACAAAGGAAACGUAAGCGGAGCCCUGUACCUGAAAAUAGGGAUAGGAGGGAGAGAGAUGAAAAGAGGGUGAGGGAUGAUAGGGGGCGAUAUGAUGAUAGGAGAAAUCGCUCUAACGACUACAGGUCUCAUGAAAACAGAUUCAGGAACCGACGUCCAGACUACAGGGAUAGAGAACGCGAUUACAGAAACAGAAGGGAAGAUAACAAAAAUUAUCACAAUAGGGACCGAAAUCGAGAGAACCACCAAAGGAGACGUAGUAGAAGCGCUUCGUUUGAUCAUUCGAAUGCCCGGUGGGGCCGCGAGACUGAUGACAAAAAAUCUGACAAAAAGGAGAAAGAACAGAAGGAAAAACAAAAACCGAAUUUUGCUCUUUCAGGCAAGCUUACUGAAGAAACUAACACUUAUCGUGGCGUUGUUAUAAAAUAUAGCGAGCCGCCGGAGGCGUGUAAGCCAAAACGACGGUGGCGUUUGUACCCCUUUAAAGGUGAAAAGGCUCUGCAAACUUUAUACAUACAUCGCGAAAGCGCGUAUUUAAUAGGGCGCGAUCGCAAAGUCGUUGAUCUACCUGUAGAUCAUCCUUCCUGUUCAAAACAACACGCCGCUUUGCAGUAUCGUUUAGUUCCAUUUACGCGUGAGGAUGGCACUACUGGGAAAAGAAUAAGGCCGUAUUUGAUUGAUUUAAAUUCAGCAAAUGGCACUUACAUUAAUAACAAAAAGAUUGAACCGAGUAAAUAUGUGGAGUUGUUGGAGAAGGAUGUAAUUAAGUUUGGGUUCAGUUCAAGAGAGUAUGUUUUGCUGCAUGAGAAUAGUAAAGAUGAGGCACAGGAUGAUGAUGUUAAACAAGAAGAGGCGACGAAAGAAGAAGAGGCGACAAAACAAGAAGAGGCGACGGUCCAGGUCAAGAGUGAAGAGAAUUGAUUUUUAUGUAUAUACUUCUAAUUAGUUUAGGGUUCUGUCAAUAAAAUCAUUUUUUUGAUUAAAAUUCAAAUUUCCUGCGUCUAUGAUUUAGUUCAAUGUCAUGCCACUGAUAGCGCUUUAUUUUAGACAUUUGUCUGCAUUUGUCAUUUUACUCAUUUUUGAGGUUACGUCGCAUUGUUUUUAUAACCAAGAAAAAUUUUUUGUAUCGUUAAAAUAAAAACUUUAAUGUAUAAAAUUUGUUAAUAGUG